UUUGGCUGUUUGGUAUUUUGGGAAGGAUUGCCCCACACUUGUUGAAGCUUUGGAUUCUUUACCAAUUACAUCAACUUCAACAGCCGAACAACCCCUUAGAAUUGUCGUUAAUGAUAUUCUCCGUACUUCUCCUACAAUACUUUGUGUUAGUGCAAAAGUUGAGGGAGGGCAUGUAGAGACGGGUGAUAAAUUGUUUUUGAUGCCUGAAGCGAUUGCUGUUGUUGUUAAAGCCUUAUCAAUUGAUGACUCUUCUUCGUCUACUUCUCAAUCAUCAAAAAAUAUUUCACCGCCAACAGAUCAACAGAUUUGUUUUGCGGGAGAUCAAAUAACUCUUACAUUAAGUGGAAAUUUUGAACCCGAUUCUGUUUAUCCUGGAAAUGUUUUUUGUAGAGGGGGGACAGAACUUUUACAUCCUUGCCAACGUUUUCUUGCUCGUUUAGUUACUUUUGAUAUUCGAAUGCCUAUUUUGAGAGGGGCGCAUGCAGAACUUUUUGUUCAUUCUUUACGUGUUCCUUGUGUAAUUAGCAAAUUAAAUUCAAUACAUCCUGGAUCUAAAGAAUUGGAAAAGAAAAAUCCGAGACUUUUGCCUCGUAAUGUAUCUGCUAUAGUUGAAAUUAAAACUGAACAAGCCAUUUCUGUUGAAUCUUUUAACAAAAAUAAACAAUUGGGGCGGUUGGCUCUUCGCUCUAAUGGUGAAACAAUUGCGGCGGGAAUUAUAAUUGAUGGAUAA